AUGAAGUUCCUCGUCCUCCUUGCUGUCUGCUUUGCCGCCACUUUGGCUUUAGACGUCCCAGAGCCGUUCGUGUGGGAUGAUUCUUUCUUGGUUGAUUAUGAGAAGUUGGACGAGCAACACAAAGGAUUGUUCAAGGCCAUCUUCGACGUCUGCGCUGCCCCUGCUGACGCUUCUGCUUUCGCUCACCUUAAAGAUGUCAUCGAAAAACAUUUCAGAUUCGAAGAGGGAAUGAUGGAGGCUGCUCAUUAUGGCGAUCUGCCUCUUCACAAGCAAAUUCACGAAUCUUUCGAAGCCGCAUUGAAAGCGGGACAGGUUCCGGUUGCUGCUGCUGAUAUCAAAGGCGCUAAGGAAUGGUUGGUCGGCCACAUCAAGACCGUCGACUUCAAAUACAAGACCCAUUUAUAA